GGCAGGGGAGACGGGCCGGCAACAGGGGCAGGAGGAGUGGGGUGGCAAGGUGGGCGAGAUUGCCGGCAUGGUGGUGAUCCAGUGCAUCUAUGCUUUGGUGUGCCUGCUGGGGCUGCUGGGCAACUCCCUGGUGAUCUUCGUCAUCCUGCGUUACACCAAGAUGAAGACGGCCACCAACAUCUACCUGCUAAACUUGGCCAUCGCUGACGAACUCUUCAUGCUCAGCAUCCCCUUUGUGGCCACGUCAGCCGCCCUGCACCACUGGCAGCGCCGGCGCUCCGAGGGCAAGCUGACGCGUUUGGUGCUCAUGGUCGUGGCCAUGUUCGUGGUCUGCUGGAUGCCUUUCUAUGUGGUGCAACUUGUCAACCUCCUGCUGCCCGGCCGCUUGGAUGCCACCGUCAACAACGCCUCCCUCAUCCUCAGCUACUCAAACAGCUGCGCCAACCCCAUCCUUUACGGAUUCCUCUCCGAAAAUUUCCGGCACUCCUUCCACGGUGUGCUGCGCCGCUGCCUCGAUGCCAGCCUCUGCUGCUGCCACACUGGCGAAGGGGCCGCUGAAGAGGAGGAGGAAGAGGAAGAAGAGCCCCUCGACUACUGCACCGCGCCCCGGGGCGAUGACAAGGGCUGCAUGUGCCCCACCCUGCCAUGCCAGCAGGAGCCUGUCCACCCCGAGCCCUGCUGCAAGCCUGGACCCCUCCUCAUGAAGACCACCACCUUCUAA